AUGGCAGCGAUUUGACAAACGUCAAUUCGUUUGACAUGUUUGUAGUCCUUAUAAGUUACAAUCCAACACAAGCUUAAUUUUAUUUAAAUAAAAUGGCUAGUGUAGGAUUUAGAUGGUUAGAUAUACUAGAAAAAGAAUUUGAUAAAGCAUUUGUAGAUUUAGAUUUAGCUAUAGGCGAAUUGGAUCCAGAGGAACUUGACAUAGUGUAUAGAGUGCGGCAAAAGUUAUGCACUUUAAGCUCGUGCUUUGCUCAACUCACCCACAAGUCGCAAACCAUCUUUCAAAGCAGCGCAAAGAUUGAGGCCGAACUUAUUCAUAUGCGCGCAGAAUUAAUAGAGUCAAGGGCAAAAAGGGAACUGCUGGAGCAAGAACUGCACAAUUUACUUCUGCAACUGCACACCUCACAAUUGUCUCAACUACCUACCAUAACCGGGAAUAAGGUGCAAAAUUCUAAAUUUGAGCCUGAUGCCAGUAAUAUUAAGAAAAAGUUCGAAAACGAAAUCAAAAGUAGUCCAACGCAUAAUCUCAGUAACGGAGCUAUUAAAGAGAAGGAUGAACUGAAAUUUAGUCCGGCCUUAGUUGAACUUGCACAGUAUCGCGCCGAAAAUUCGCAAUUGCAGUUGGAGAAUGGGAGUUUACGCAAUUCCAUUGUCGCCUUGAAUAGUGAAGUAUACGGAGCCAAACUUGCGGCGCAGUAUUUAGAUAAGGAGCUCGCCGGUAGAAUUCAGCAAUUGCAACUUCUGGGGCGAGAAAUGCAAGGCGACGUUCGAAAUAAACUUUGGAGGCAAUUAGAAUCGGAGAUACUUUUACAGAGACAUAAGACUGUCGUACGCGCUUGUCGUCGUAAUAGUAUUUUAAGUAACCAUUCAGAAGUCGCGUCUGCGAAACCUAGCAUUCCAGUCAUAAACGAGGAGAAUACGCAACAUUUCGGCGACGUCCGUACCAUUAUGGUUAAGCGGAAGAACGGGCAGGGGUUAGGUAUAAGUAUAACGGGCGGACGUGAACACGGCGUGCCUAUUUUAAUAUCGGAACUUGAACCAAAUGGGCCGGCGGCCAUGUCGGGACAACUGUACAUAGGUGAUGCAAUUUUGUAUGUUAACGAUAGAGAUUUGCGGCAGGCUUGCCAUCGUGAAGCUGUCGAUAUACUUCAACAGCAAACUGGUGAUUGUAGACUACAGGUUCAAUACAUUGCCGCCGAUGACAGUGAUAAUUCAUUGGAGGAGGAUGGAUUUAAUUUUCGAUUUUUCGAUAAUGAAGUAUGUGACCCAAACGAUUUGGUAAGUUUGCAUCCAUUACAUUCAUCAGGCCUGAUGAAUACUCCAACUGCCCCAAGAACGCCCGAGUCUACAAAUAGUCGCACAGAAUCGAGGAAUUGUAGUGGUAGGCAAAGUCCUCACACAUUUAAACCGCAGAUGUCUUACCUAAUGGGAACCGAGGAACCACCAACUUUAAAUAAUUUUACGAAUAACAAUGACAUAGCUUGUGACGAUAAUGUAACGCAACCCCUCUACAAUUCCAUUAUAACAUCUACCCCAAACGAUAAUAACCUAGACGAGCAAAUUGGGGAGAUUAAUAGCAAUAUUAUUGAGACGACAAACGAAUACUCUUUAAAUGAGGAAAACUUGCUAAUCACCGAUAACUAUGCCCACAAUAAGGUUAUUAAUAGUAGUUGUAUCGAUAACCCAAGUCAUAAAAUCUUAAAAAAGCGUGAGAAUGGCGACGAAAAUCUGAAUUGUUCAACCAAUUCUUUAGUCUCCGAUAAUUUGUCAUCACCCAUGCAAACGAGUACAGACGUAUUUUUAGACUCUGAAAUUUUAUCGACAGACGCCGCUUCAAACGAUUCUCACUCGCCCAAAAACACCGAAAAAAAAUCUGACACCCAAAGCAAUCUGUUAGAAAUGAAGAGAUUUAACGAAUUUUGCUUAACGUACAACCAGCCGGGCCUAUACGCUUCGAACGAGAACAUCUCGAACGUCAAGAGCGACCAAAGCCUUUUGAACUCGGCAGAAAGUUGCGACAGCUCCCCUUUGCACAAAUUUAAUCGGGACUACAAGAAACCAUCCAAGAAGUACAAAAGCAAGAAGCAUUUUGGCGUCAAAACGUUGCAGAGUAUUUUUAGUAGACGUGACGGUUAUUCAGAUAUUUCAAGCACCGCAUCCGAGUUGGACGACGUCACCAAGUCGGUCGAAGUGGAGAAGCCAGACGAUAACUCGUAUACCGAAGAGGUCACCCAGAAGAACGCAACGUCGGAAACUUGUCCGCAGUUCGAAGAAAAUUUGCAUCACUUCCUCUCGGAGACUUUUUCAAAAAAUUUUUCUUCUUUAGACUCCAAUUCUAGUAUUACAAUCAAUAAAAGCACAGGUACAAAGAAGUUUUUUAAGCUAAACGGUCAAAAUUUACGUAUCGGAAAGGCGUUGCGUUUGUGUCCUAAUGAUGAGUUAGCGGAUGAAACGGGUGCAGAUACCGAUCAAAAGAAGGAUAAGUUAUUAGCUAGGUAUGUUUAUAAUUCGAAUUUAGUUAGCGUCGAUGGAAUAGGCGAUCCAGAUUUUGGUACUCCUGUUUAAAUUUAAGUUUACUUUACAUAUUUGACGUUGACCACUUCAUUUUUCAUGUCGUAACGCUGGCUGUAUUCAUUAAUUGAAAUUUGAGAUUCGGCAUUAAAGAAAAAGACACAGUUUGCGCUUUUCUGCAAAAUUCUCCUGGAUUACAUAGGGUAAGCUUUAAGAUACCUAUUCAUAGUCACAAAUGCAUUUAUUGGUUACCAAAAGACUGACCCGAAGCAUGCGAGCUAAUGCGUUUUGAUGAAGUGUUUGGUUUUCCAUUCGUAUAAUUUUGUGUGUGUAUGAUAUUCACGUUACGAGCUGCUAUUUUUUUUAAUCCUUCAUAAAUUAAUGAAUUGCAAUUUUUCCUAGUUAGGAAAACUGCCAUCCUCACAUCGCUUAUUUAUAGCCAAUUCAUUAUUAAGUAAAAAUGCAACAGAAAAACUUUUUUGUGAAUUUAUGAAUAGCCGGCGUUAAUCACUUUUAUUCUGUUAGAUUUAUUUAAUUAUUAUUAAUGAGGGUUAUUCAGAUGUUUUAACUUUUAGUAACGUUGUAUAGUGUAGGAACAUAUUUUGAUAAUUAUCUGUGGGCCUUUGAUGCCUUAAAUUUGGAUGUAAGAAUUGGCAAACGUUUCAUUGAUAGAUAGAACAUGUAAAACGGCUCAGACGUUUCUAUGAGGUUGUAAUGUACCUGAUGGUAUUAUGAGGAAUGCGUGCCUCAGAAUCCUUUCCUUUCUACUUUUGGAUUAUAUUUGUCUGUAGAACAGGGCUUUUUAUGAGACAGUUAUUUUUUUAUUCUAUUUACAUUUGACUAAAUUAGAGGCGUUUGUUUCAAGGGACACGAUAUACGAUAACGCUUCCACAAUACAAUUUUUGAAUCUGUUGAGUGCUUAUACACUAAGUUCAGUAUAAGAAUGCUCAGUAUUGCCCCUUGCAUCUUAAAGUUAGUUUAUUUUACAGUGUAGGAAACUUCAAACGCUUAUUUUUUCUUAUUUCUCAGAUACUCGUGCUGGGCAUUCUAAUACUGGGCACCCCGCAUAAAUACGUUCGCUCUGGAGCAAUUGCUUAGGUAUUUCUCUUUACAGUAAAAUUAUGUACCUACCUACUUCUAAACUUUUCGUCUCUGCAUGAUAUUGUUAAGAAUAAAUAAAGAAAAAGUGUAUUGAUAUAGUUGUAGUCCUAAUUUAUAACGCAGUAUUAAUUAACAACAAAAUAUGAAACUG